AUGAGUCACAUCUUCGUCCAUGGCGAGGACUUGGUCCCCAAGUGGCGGGGCCUGGUGGCGGGUUCCCAAGUGGAGUUCUUCUUGUACCACGACGGCCAGGGCCUGGGGGCAGAGGAGUGCAUGCCGCGGAAGGUGCUGCGGGUGACCUUGGCCUGGAAGCAGGCGCAGGAACUCUUUGGGGAGGAUGGCGACGGCCUGGCAGACUUCGAAAGCACCAUGCAGGUGAGCAUCCGCGCAUACCAGUGGUGUCAGAUGGACGGAGCUUUGAGCGACUUGCCUUUCCUCCUCUUUGAGAUCUGGGGCCGGGCACCUGCAGUGGUGGAGACGAUCAACGCCCUUUCCCUACGGCGAGGGGACGGCAAGGGCCAAGAGACGUUAUGCGUCAACCUGCUUCUGCCGGAGAGCCGCCUCUGGAAGGUGGAUCUCUUUCAGCUGCAGCAGUACGGUGGCCUGGAGGUGUCCAGCAGCAUCACCAUCACCGACCCCAUGCCAUGCCGAACUCUGACCCUGCAGGCGCCGAAGCAGAACUUCCGCACAGCCCUGCACUGCCUCAUCAUGCAGGCCUGUGAUUGA